AUGACAAGAGCUCUUUGGACUGUUGAGCAAGAACGAAAAAAUGAAGUGCAACUUUCAAAAAAUGUCAUCAUUUCCGGGCUUGAACUCGUACAGCGAGAAAUAGAAAACUUCGUUUGGGCCCUGGCUAACGUUCGUAGCCUCCAGAAGAAAACAAAUGACCUUAGUUUAUUUUUGUCAACUUUUGAUCCUGAAAUAUUUUCUGUUAUUGAAACUUGGCUCACUCCAAAUGAUCCUGACAAUCUGUUUUUGCCUCCUGGUUUUGUUCGAAAAGAUCAUGAAGCACGUGGUGGCGGCGUGGCUUUCAUCAUUAAAGAUACUGUUUCCUACAAAGUCGUCUCAGUACCAUCUAUGUAUUUUCAUAUCGAGAUUGUCUUUAUUGAUGUUCCUACUUCAACCAAAAAUUAUAGUUUUAUCUCCUUCUACCGUAGUGGUGAUUUUGACCUUUCGGCGGAACAAUAUGCUUUCGAUAGUGCACGUUGUAUAAAAGAAUUCUGCAGAAGUGACGUUGUAUGCUUGAUGGGAGAUUUCAACCUUCCUCACAUUAUCUGA